AUGAUGUUCCUUCAUUUUCGGAAACUAUUUUCCUGGGAUUCUUGGGCUGAUCGACCAGGACAAAUCCAUUAACGAUGUUUUAUGGACAUUAGUGGACACGACCACUUAAUGUUCAUACAACAAUGUUCUGUUUGGCCUUUUACUCGUCAAUCUCAUAGUCUUUCCCUUUCAAACUAAAUGAAAAUUAUACGGCAUUGUCGAUAAUGAAAAUUAAUAUAUUUUAAUUGGAUUUGGGCUAAUUAAUAGCCCAAAUUACUUUCAAUCAACACCAGAAAAUCAAAAUCAGAAGCGAAAAAAAAAAAAGGAAAACCAUCGUUUUCAUCUCCCUCAUUACUGGUCUUAACAAGGAAUCAUCCUUUUCAAGAAUUUUGAAUUUUUUUUUGAUGUUGAAAAUGAUGUGCUUUUGGAUCUAAGUUGAUUUGAUUCAUUGUUUGCUUGUGAUUGUAUUUGGGUUUUUAUCGAAUUGGUCGUGAUCUCUUUUUUUUUUUUUCUGAAAAUUUUGAUUUGGUUGGUUGAAGAAAAAAAAAAAGGUGGGGGGGAUCCAAUCUGUUUGUGAAAAUUCCUGUGUGAAAAAUCGAAAACCAUGGCGAGAGGUAGAGGAGAUAAAGAAGAUGCUGAGAAGUACACUGGUUUGCUUAAACUAGUUCAAGUUCUGUCAUUUUUGGUUGUCUUCGUCGCUGGAAUCAUCAUCGGAUUAGCCACCAGUGCUCAUAUAAAUACUUAUUUCUCUUCUCAAGCACAGCUUUUUUCAACUUCGACGGUCACUUCAUUUCAAGUAUCGAGCAACAAAGCCAACUGCAAUCAAACUCAAGCCCCAUGCCCAGAGAUUGAUUACCUUUCAAUGGAUGCUUUUAUUCAUCCAAUGAAUUUAACACAUAAAUUAUCAGAUGAUGAGUUGUUUUGGAGAGCUUCAAUGAUGCCUUAUAAAAAAGAAUACCCAUUUCCAAGGGUACCAAAGGUGGCUUUCAUGUUCCUUACUAGAGGUCCUUUGCCUUUCAUGCCAUUAUGGGAGAGGUUCUUUAAAGACCAUGAAAUUUUUUUCUCUAUUUAUCUACAUACACCUCCUGAUUAUUACCUUAAUGUCUCUACUAGCUCUCCUUUCUAUGGAAGACAGAUCCCUAGUCAGCGUGUGGAAUGGGGGUCCUUUCUACUUGCCGAUGCAGAGAGGCGGUUACUAGCCAAUGCACUGCUCGACUUCUCAAACGAGCGAUUUAUUCUUCUUUCCGAGAGCUGCAUCCCAGUCUAUAACUUCCCAACUGUCUACAAGUAUCUCAUUGGUUCUACCUACAGUUUCGUUGAAUCAUACGAUGAUCCAACCCGCUAUGGUCGUGGUCGGUACAACCGUAAGAUGCUUCCUCACAUUAAGCUCUAUCAAUGGCGAAAAGGAUCCCAAUGGUUCGAGAUGCAACGUUCAGUUGCAACAUACAUUGUCUCAGACGCCAAGUACUACAACCUUUUCAAGAAGUAUUGUAAGCCUGCAUGCUAUCCUGAUGAGCAUUACAUUCCAACUUACCUGAACAUGUUCCACGGAUCAUUGAAUGCAAAUCGGACCAUAACCUGGGUCGAUUGGUCAAUGGGAGGCCCUCAUCCAGCAAAAUAUGAGGGAGUUAAUGUCACAGAAGGUUUUAUACAAUCCAUAAGGAAUAACGGAACGCUUUGUUCGUAUAACGAUGAGCUAACAUCGGUAUGUUAUCUCUUUGCUCGAAAAUUUGCUCCGAGUGCAUUGGAGCCUUUGCUCAACCUCAGCUCGACUGUGAUGAACUUUUGAGAGAUUAAAUCAGGCAAUGGUUGAAAUUCCUUUCCUCCCCAUUGAGUAAUCAUUUAAUUUUUUGGGGGAAGUUUCCAGAUUUUUACAGGCUCCUACCAUUGUUAUCCAAUUUUUUAUCUCUAACUUUGGUUCUUAUGUACAGAUAGGUUCAGGACAAAAUUGCUUUGUUGCAAAAAUUUUGAAGGAUAAUAGAUGAGUUGUAUCUUUUGGUUUUGCACAAA